CAAUUUCUUGAAUAAAAACACUACUUUCCGCCUGAUUUUACAGCCGCCUGCGACCCCCCCGAAAAACCAAAACACACUUCCCGAAAUGGAAAACCGAAUCCUCCGAGGCGCACAUGAAGGCGGCAGAGACGGAUGCGCGUCGACAUCCCUGUUUGGCACUCGCUCGCGUCCUUCACAACAAAAGCCCCCGCCCCCAGCCUCUUCACGGGAAACUCUCUCCAGUCAAAGUGUAGUUUGUUGGCUCCACGUUGAAGCCCACAACUCUGUCGGCAUCUUUCAAGGCUGGUGGGUGGGUGGGCUCUUCUUUUUUUAAUCUUUUCUUUAGCUGAGGACAAGAUAUUUUCAUAAAUAUUAUUAUUAUAUAUAUUUUUUAACUUUGUUAUAUGAGCUCAACAUGACGUUCAGGAGGCUGAAGAAGGUGAACUCCAGCGAGCCAGAGAGCGGAACCGCAUCUCAAGACAGCGACAUUUAUUUUCCCUCGUCAAAGUCAGACAGUUGCGGGACUGUUGUCCUUCCGACAAACUCCUCGGAGGUUUACAACCACAAAACUUUGGCUUACUCUGGAGGGACGCUGCCCAGAAACUUCAAAAAGGGUGGCGGGUUGCAGAAGUGGAAACCCUUAACACUGACCCCAGAACCACAAAGAAAGGUGGUGGUCCUGGAAAAAAAUGAAGAAGAGUCGUUUGGUUUCGAGAUCCAGACUUACGGGCUGCACCAUCAAGACCAGAACUCAGUGGAGAUGUGCACGUUUGUUUGCAAGGUGCACGACGACAGCCCGGCUCAGCAGGCAGGCCUCAAAGUUGGGGAUACCAUCUCGAGUGUGAACGAGGCCACCGUGGAGGGAUUUCGGCACAAGGAGAUUGUUCAGCUCAUCCGGGCGUGCGGCCACACACUCAGGCUGGAGACGGUUUACAGCGACUCGAUCCGAAGAGCGGAACUCGAAGCCCGGCUGCAGUUUCUGAAGCAAACCCUCCACGAGAAAUGGGAUGAAUAUCGGUCAUUGAUGGUGCAGGAGCAGAGGCUUGUUCAUGGCAUAGUGCUCAGCGACGCUGCGGUCUACGAGUCCCUGGAGUCGGCGGGCAUGUACGGCAGCCUCGGCACCCCCAGCCCCGCCGCUCAGAGGGCCCUCCGCUGCACCGGCAGCACCAGCAGCAGCGCCAGCUUCCUCAGCACGGCCACGGAGGACGACCCUCUCUACCAGACCUGCCUGUACCCGGCGGACUCGACCGGCGCCGCCGCGGACAAGAGGAAGGAGCAGCUGAAGCCGCCGCAGCAGCAGCAGCAGCAGCAGCAGCGCCUCCGGCCGGCCAGCGAGCUCUUUGCGACCGCCAAGACGCAGCUGACCCGCAGCGCCAGCACUCGCAGCUACACGAGGGGGUCUCAAUCGCAGUCGACCACCUCGGGGGAGAAGCAAGGGGGGUUCAGCUCGCUGCAGAGGAAGCCCAAGCAGAAGAGCUUCCGCAGGCGCCUCCUCAAGUUCAUCCCGGGGUUGAACCGACCGCUGGAGGAGGAGGAGAGCAAGCUGUGAGCGGGCGACGCCGCAGACGCAGAGACUCAGGGAGCAGCGCCGACUGUUCGCCGUAGUUACCAAAGAAAAAGAAAAAAAGAGAGCGAGAUUGUAGAGAGACCAAAGAGAACAUCUCCACAUCCGACCAAUGAUCACGUGGUGAUACUGUGGCCCUCAAAGUUUCCAAGCUGUAAAUAACUUUUGUUUCCUUUUUGUUUUUUAAGUUAUUUAUUUAUAUUUAACAUGUCUCUGUACAAAAUGAAGGAUUUCUCUGUUUUUACCGUAUGCAAUUUUUAUUUACUACAGUAAAUGACACAUUUCUACGCGACAUUUAGUUAGACACAACUUUGAUACCUACUUUUAGAUUGUUCAUAUUGAUUCUGUUUUUGUUUUUUUGUUUUGUCCAAGUCAAGGUUCCUAAAAAUAAAUGAUGUCAUCUUCCCAUAUUACUCUAAUUAUUUUGUGCGAAACUUG